AUGUCUGCUGCCGCCUCCGCUGAAAUGAUUGAAACCCCCCCGGUCCUCAACUUCGAAGAAAUCGACUACAAAGAGAUCGAGGUGGAAGAGGUUGUUGGAAGAGGAGCCUUUGGUGUGGUCUGCAAGGCGAAAUGGCGAGCUAAAGAUGUAGCCAUUAAACAGAUAGAAAGUGAAUCUGAAAGAAAAGCCUUCAUUGUAGAGCUUCGACAACUGUCACGAGUAAACCAUCCCAAUAUUGUCAAGUUGUAUGGAGCCUGUCUAAACCCAGUGUGUCUUGUUAUGGAGUAUGCUGAAGGAGGUUCUCUGUACAAUGUACUGCAUGGUGCUGAACCUCUGCCUCAUUAUACUGCUGCACAUGCCAUGAGUUGGUGUUUACAGUGUUCCCAAGGAGUGGCAUAUCUCCACAGUAUGAAACCAAAGGCUCUAAUUCACAGAGACCUGAAACCACCAAAUUUGCUUUUGGUAGCUGGGGGGACAGUUCUAAAAAUCUGUGACUUUGGUACAGCCUGUGAUAUUCAAACACACAUGACCAACAACAAAGGAAGUGCUGCUUGGAUGGCACCUGAAGUUUUUGAAGGUAGCAAUUACAGUGAAAAAUGUGACGUUUUCAGUUGGGGUAUUAUUCUCUGGGAGGUGAUCACCCGUAGGAAACCUUUCGAUGAGAUUGGUGGUCCAGCUUUCCGAAUAAUGUGGGCAGUUCACAAUGGUACUCGGCCACCACUGAUCAAAAAUUUACCUAAACCAAUUGAGAGUUUAAUGACCCGUUGUUGGUCCAAGGAUCCCUCACAACGGCCAUCCAUGGAGGAAAUUGUUAAAAUAAUGACACACUUGAUGCAGUACUUUCCAGGAGCUGAUGAACCUCUGCAGUAUCCGUGCCAGUAUUCAGAUGAAGGCCAAAGCAACUCUGCCACUAGCACAGGUUCAUUCAUGGACAUCACUUCUACAAACACGAGUAACAAGAGCGAUGCUAACAUGGAACCGAGUGACUUCCAAGGAGCUUCUACCAAUGACACUAUUAAACGUUUGGAGUCAAAACUGGCACAGCAAAUCAAAAGUACAGCCAAGCAGCCGGGUGACCCUGGCCGUUUGAGUUUGCCCCCAUCUCGUGGGAGCAGUGUUGAGAGCUUGUCAGACGUUCGCGCACGACCACCAUCAGCCCUUGUUUCUGGAGAAGCCAAAAGGAUGAGUGCUGACAUGUCCGAAAUAGAAGCAAGGAUAGCUUCCAUCACAGCCUAUUCCAAGCCUAAACGAGGCCAUCGUAAAACUGCUUCAUUUGGCAACAUUCUGGAUGUCCCUGAGAUCAUCAUACCAGCAGGAAACGGACAGCAGAGGCGCAGAUCCAUUCAAGAUCUUAGUGUUGCUGGCACAGAGUCCAGUCAGGAGAGUAGAAACAGCAGUAGAUCAUCUAGUCCUAGUGUGAGAAUGAUCACUACCUCGGGACCAACCUCUGAAAAGCCAACACGUAAUCCAUGGACACCAGAUGAUGCAGCUGCUCUUGGAAAUAGCAUAGUCUUUGAGGGCAACACCUUAGUUUCUCUACCACGACUACUCUGUGGCAGGUGCUUUUGGGGUAUGGAGACCAAUGGGUCAGAUAACUCCAUCCCAAUGGCAUAUCUCACAUUAGAUCAUCAGUUACAGCCUCUAGCACCAUGCCCAAACUCCAAAGAAUCUAUGGCUGUGUUUGAACAGCACUGCAAAAUGGCACAAGAAUAUAUGAAAGUUCAGACAGAAAUCGCAUUGCUCUUGCAGAGGAAACAAGAACUAAUAGCAGAACUGGACCAGGAUGAAAAAGACCAGCAAAACACAUCCCGUCUGGUACAAGAACAUAAAAAGCUGUUAGAUGAAAACAAAAGUCUCUCAACAUACUAUCAGCAAUGCAAAAAACAAUUAGAGGUCAUCAGAAAUCAGCAACAGAAGCGGCCAGGCACAUCAUGAUUUCCUGGGACCUUUCAAAUGAAAAAUAUGCACAGAAAAGACUGAUUUUUUUUUAUUGUUAUUGUUAUCCUUUAUUAUGACAGCUCAUGAGUGUUAGCUUCUUGGUGUGAUCUGUACGUGUCUGCUACACUUAACAUCAUUUAAUUUUCUUUUUCCUAUCCAGUUCUACAGGUUAAUUGAAUAGGGUGAAAAAACAGUGACUUGAAUUAACCAAUAGCCCUCAAUUUAAAGCAAGAAGAGUGGCUGUUUGCAUGCUCCUUGUGUGAAGGCUAGCCUAACAAGUGUUGAGGAGGCUGCUAAAUUGCAGAACUUAUUUUUAGUUUUUUGGUGUUGCCUCAGUACAAGCAAGAAAAAAAAAACUUUCCUGUUUAAGAAUGAUUUUGUUCCAGUGUCUCAUCUCAAAUUAUUAUUAUGAUGAUUAUUUUCAUAAUAAACUGAAACAUGCACCAAGCUGCAGAGGUGAUGUUGACUGACCAGAGUAAUUCAUGAUGCAUUAGUGAGCCUUUUACCUGUAGACACAAUGUAUUUUUUCCACAUGCAAAGUGGUAGGCAAACUGAUGCCAGCCUUCUUGGUUCAGUGCUUGAUAGCCCUGCAUUUUGACUAAUACAUUUCUUGUAAUCUUGCAUUCAUAAAAUAUUUGAAGUAAAA